ACCGCUUUCCACCUUUACUCUGCUAUUUGAGUUUUCAUUUCUGUGACGUUUCAAAAGCUUUGGUUAUCAAUGAAGGUCGCCAAAUAUGGUUCGUUCAAGCAGAGCUUCGCCGAGAAGAGGGAGCGGCUUCUUUCGGCCAAGGAAUUCCCUGACCUAAUCUAUGGAACUCUCCAGGACAAUCCUUCCUUUUGCUCCUCCUUUCGUUCCGUUCCGUAUAGAAUCUGUAAUCUAUGGAGCUCCGUUCAGGAUGUUCUUUACAAGUCUUGGCAGAUGGGCGUGUCCGAUCCGAGGAAGAUUGUUUUCUCUGCCAAGAUGGCUCUUGCUCUCACGCUUAUUUCUUUGUUGAUCUUCUUCAAGCAGCCCGUUGAGGAGCUCAGCCGCUACUCCGUCUGGGCCAUUCUUACUGUCGUCGUUGUCUUUGAAUUUAGCAUUGGAGCAACGCUAAGCAAAGGAUUGAACCGUGGAUUGGGCACGCUUUCAGCUGCAGGUCUUGCAUUGGGAAUGGCUGGAUUAUCAGUUCUUGCUGGAGAGUGGGAAGAGCUUGUGGUUGCUAUCAGUAUCUUCAUCACAGGAUUCUUUGCUACUUAUGCUAAGCUAUAUCCCACAAUGAAGCCUUAUGAAUAUGGAUUUCGGGUCUUCUUGUUAACGUACUGUUUCAUAAUGGUGUCGGGAUAUAGGACUAGAGAUUUUAUCCAUACAGCCAUCACAAGAUUCUUGCUCAUUGCGCUUGGCGCUGGAGUGUGUUUGGUUGUAAACAUAUGCAUUUACCCCAUUUGGGCUGGCGAGGAUCUACACAAUCUUGUAGUGAAAAACUUUGCAGGCGUUGCAGCAUCCUUAGAAGGAUGUGUUGAUAGCUACCUUAAUUGUGUCGAGUACGAGCGAAUACCUUCGAAAAUCCUUACUUACCAAGCAUCUGAUGAUCCUUUGUACAAAGGCUACAGGUCAGCUAUGGAGUCUAUGAGUCAAGAGGAGUCUCUGAUGGGAUUUGCAAUCUGGGAACCGCCACACGGUCGGUACAAAAUGCUUAAAUAUCCAUGGAAAAACUAUGUUGAAGUAGCUGGUGCACUGAGGCAUUGUGCCUUUGCUAUCAUGGGAUUGCAUGGAUGUAUACUAUCAGAAAUACAGGCUCCAGCGGAAAGACGACAUGUAUUCGGAAACGAGCUCCGGAGGGUAAGCUACGAAGGCGCUAAAGUCUUGCACGAGCUUGGAAACAAGUUAAAGAAGAUGGAGACAUUAGAUUCAGCAGCCAUACUCUCUGAAGUACAUGAUGCUGCAGAAGAGCUGCAAAAGAAGAUCGAUGCAAAAUCCUAUCUUCUGGUGAAUUCAGAGAGCUGGGAAAUUGGCAAUCAUCACGACGACGACGAUGACGUAGGACGGUCCCAAGAAUUGCUGAACUUGGACGAUGAGGAAACAAGGUUUCAUGAAUACAGGUCCCUCAGUGAAGCUGUGCUUGAUCUAAGGGCCUUCCCAGUCCCUAAAACUUGGAAUGACCCUAUGCCAUCAGACAUCAACUCUGUACAAGCUGCUGCAUUUCCCCCCACGAACAAAAUGUUCAAGAAACUGGGGUCAUGGCCAGCACAGGUUUCAAACAAACCAAAUGGAGUAAUCCACGAAGAAGAAUCGAAAACAUACGAAAAUGCGAGCGCAUUGUCGUUAGCUACGUUUACUUCCCUGUUGAUUGAAUUUGUUGCAAGGCUGCAAAACGUUGUCGACUCUUUUGAAGAGCUAAGUAAGAAAGCUAAGUUUAAGGACCCUAUGGAACGGGAAACAUCGAAAGCGCCCGAGUGUUAGAUAGUAGUGUUAGUCGGCCAAAGAUGUUGAGAGGAUGAAUCCUGAUGAAUUAGCUACAUACUGCUAUCAGUAUGUUAUAGAUUGUAUAAAGUUUAAAAUAUGA